GGAUUGGACGAAACCGCCCGUCAACUGAAAGGGCGGAGUUAUCCGAAAAGAGGCGGCCAAUCAACAAGGGGCUGAGGCUUCUCGCAGGAAGUGACGUUUGACAGAAGCAGCUGAAGUCGCUUCUUGAUUGGUUGCGCCCUCAGGACCCGGAUAUUGUUGUUCUUUUAUUGUCAUUCUCUAGAGGAAAGGCCAGGAAAAAGAUGGAAGCUGUAGACAUCCAGCCAGACUGCCUUGGACUUUAUUGUGGACGAAUAGUCGAAAUUAUAAAUGGGACUGACGUUCAUGGUGAAUGUGGGGUGUGUCCAAGAGGACAAAGAACAGACGCCCGCAAAAUCUGCCGAGAAUGUAUUGGAUCUCCAGAGCGCUAUGACUGGCUGUAUCUUGGCUUUAUGGCCAUGCUUCCUCUGAUCUUGCAUUGGUUCUUCAUUGAAUGGUAUUCAGGGAAAAAGAGCUCCAGUGCUCUCUUCCAGCACAUCACUGCUCUAAUUGAAUGCAGUGGGGCCGCAAUUGUUACUUUACUUGUGAGUGACCCCAUUGGCUCCCUGCAAAUCCGUUCAUGCAAGGUGGUGAUGCUUUCUGACUGGUACACCAUGCUUUACAAUCCGAGUCCUGAUUACGUUACCACCAUUCACUGUACCCAUGAAGCCGUCUAUCCUCUGUACACCAUUGUAUUUAUAUAUUACGCCUUCUGUUUGGUGCUGAUGAUGUUGCUCCGUCCCCUUUUGGUAAAGAAGAUUGCUUGUGGCCUGGGAAAGACAGAUCGGUUUAAGAGCAUUUAUGCAGCCCUCUAUUUUUUCCCAAUCCUAACUUUACUCCAGGCAGUUGGAGGCGGUUUGCUGUACUAUGCCUUCCCUUACAUUAUCAUUGUUGCAUCUCUUGUUACUCUGGUAGUGUAUCUGUCUGCUUCUGAAAUAGAAACAUUCAGGGAUCUCAUUGUGAGGAAGAAAAGGCUUAUCGUUCUCUUUAGCCAUUGGCUGCUGCAUGCCUAUGGAAUCAUCUCCAUUUCCAAGCUCAACAACAUUUACCAGGACUUGCCUCUGCUGGCUUUAGUCCCUGCACCAGCUCUCUUUUACCUGCUUACGGCAAAAUACACUGAACCCUCCCGGAUACUCUCCGAGGGAGCAAAUGGACGUUAACUGCAACUGCUGCCUCUCUGAGUACAGCUUUCCUUCUUGGCACAGAAUGUUGCCCCAGCACUGGACACAAGGCAGAGUCGUGCCUCCUAAACAGCUUAUGGACAUUCAGUGCAUGAAAUGCAUUAAGACUGUUUCAUUGGCUACUUGGACCCUAAAGCUGAGGCUCACCUGAACGGUGAAUGAUCAAGGCCUAUUUCCUGUACAUAUAUUUCUUCGUGAUGUGAAAAUGAAACAUUUUGUACAGCAUACUUGGAAAUACAGUUUUAUUUAUUUCGCAGUACAGUAUUUUAUCAUGUCUUUGAACAAGAAUGUGUAAUACAAUAAAGUUCCAGUAUUCUCAUUUCAACCACAA